AUGCCUUUCUUGAAGCUGCCCUGGUGGCAUCAGCAGAGGAAGACAUCAUGGAAGCCAAAGGCCUUGGGCAGGAGGGGAACUUUUCAGAAGCCAGGCAGUCUUGGCCAGCAGAAUUAUCAUACUUUACUGGAAAACUGCUUAAAGAAAGGAUGCCUCUUUGAGGAUGAGUUCUUCCCAGCUGAUGAUAAGUCCAUUGGGACAGGGCCAUUCCUCCAGGAACUGUACUCCAAAAACCAAAUGAUACAGUGGAAGAGGCCACAUGAGCUGUGUAAGACCCCUGUGUUUUUUUCUGCAAACAAAAAAAGACGUGUGCUAUGCCAAGGAAUGAACUUAGACUGCUGGUUUUUGGCUGCCGUGGAAGCUAUAACUUUUCAUCAAGAUAUCUUAUUUAGAAUAGUACCACAGAACCAAAGCUUUGAGAAGAAGAAAUAUGCUGGGAUAUUCCAUUUCAAGUUUUGGCAUUUUGGUGAGUGGGUUGAUGUGGUAGUAGAUGACCGACUGCCCAUAAAUGAAACUGGUAAUCUUAUCUUCCUCUCUUCUGUUUAUAAAAGCCUAUUCUGGGGAGCUCUUCUGGAAAAGGCUUAUGCCAAGUUAUGUGGUUCCUAUGAAGAUCUGCAAAUUGGAUAUGUGUCUGAAGCUCUGGUGGAUUUCACAGGUGGAGUUAACAUCACUAUAAAGCUGGCUGAAGCGCCACCUGACCUGUGGGAAAUCUUGACUAGAGCAACCUACAGUAGAUCUCUGAUGGGUUGUCAGACCUGCCGACCAAUAAGAGUCCUAGGGAAUGGAUUAGUGUCCAGCCAUGCCUACACAGUGACUGGCAUUCGAAAAGUGACUUGCAAACAUGGACCUGAAAAUUUAGUAAGACUGAGAAAUCCCUGGGGGGGAACUGAAUGGAAAGGUGACUGGAGUGACAACUCUGGGAAAUGGGAGUUGCUCAAUCCAAAGGAGAAGAUGUUGUUGCGAAGAGAUUUUGAAGACGGCGAGUUCUGGAUGUCUCUGCAAGAUUUUCAAACUCAUUUUGUGGAUCUGAUGAUCUGUAAACUAACUCCUGAUCUCAUGAGUCAGGAGGAUGGGAAGAAGUGGAUGUGCUCUAUGCAGUCUGGCAAAUGGGUCAAAGGAAGUACAGCAGGUGGCCGAAUGAGUGCCCACAAAGAUACAUUUUCGAUGAAUCCCCAAUACCUGCUGAAAGUCCUGCAAGGCAAUGGCAGCAAAAGGUCCUUUUACUCAUGCAGUGUGUUGAUAUCUCUGAUUCAGAAGCGUAACAACAAACAUCGGAAUCGGAUGCCUCAUCUUAAUAUAGGACUCUCUGUCUACAAGCUGGGCCAGGAGUACUACAACAGUAAUCAGAAGUUGCCAUCGACCUUCUUUGCGUGUAACAGACCUUUGAACUGGUCACUCUUUGUGAAUGAACGUGAAGUGACUCAGGAUUUCCGGCUGCCUCCUGGUAGCUAUGUCAUUGUUCCCUCCACCUCAGAACCUCACCAGGAAUCAGAGUUUCUCUUGAGAGUCUUCUCCAGGAAGCACACCCUUCAUGAAUUAGGUGGAGAUUCAAGCUGUGUCCUUUCAAAGGAAAUAGUUGACAAACAUGAAGACUGGGAGGAUUACUUUGCGAACUAUUUUGUUCAAUAUCCAGAAAUAAAUGCAGUUCAGCUGCAGAGGAUCCUGAACAAUGUGUCAUGGACAAGUCUUCAAAACUAUGGGUUAAGAUUUAGGAUGGAUACCUGUCAGAGUAUUUUGGCCCUCCUAGAUCUUAAUAGCACUGGUACUUUGAGCCUUCAAGAAUUCAGAAUCCUGUGGAAGAAGCUGCUUCUUUACCAGGACAUUUUCCAAAAAAGAGACAUUCACCAAACAGGAACUUUGGAACAAGCUGAGUUGCAUGCAGCUGUACAAGAUAUUGGUAUCUCCCUCAGCAAUGAACUCUGUAGGUUGUUGGUAUUCCGCUACGGGGAUCCUCACCUGAAAAUCACCUUUGACAGCUUUGCCUACUUUGUGCUGCGUCUGGAAUUCAUGAUGGAGGCCUUUCAUAAUAUGAGUAAAGAUGGCAAAGGGAUAUAUCUCCAAGAAUCUGAGUGGAUGAUGAUGACCCUCUAUUCAUGAACUGAAGCAAAGAGAAGAGUUGGUUAGCCUUUAAAAGAGAAUAGGAGGCACUUUCUUAUCAAUUUUCUAUCAACUUUCCAGAUUUGCUAUUUUUAUGGAAUUUGGAGAGAUUUUAUUCAUUAUUAUUAGUUUCAUGAUUACCUUUUGGGGAUUGCUCAUGACUCAAGCACUUACUGUCUUAAUGGCCAGAAGAACAUACAUUUAGCAUACUAAUCAAUCACUUUUGAAGAAGUAUGUUAAAUAAAUGCCUUUAUUCUAAAGCUAAAUCUAUGUUACAGCUCAGCCAGGUUUUUGAAUAGGAGCAGGGGAAAUUCAGACACUGGCUGGCAUCUCGUUGGUUAGUCCCAGCUAGAGCAGACUCAUUCAAAUAAUUGUUGAACAGUGAGUCAGCAUGUAGAUGAAUACUGAAUCAAUCUGUAGAUAAAUCCAGCUGUCUAUUUAUGUCAGAAUUAAAACAGGUGUUAGGUCUAUCUGUGUUAAGCCAUGUAUCAUUUCAAAUCUUUGCUGUUACUCAGGUUUUGGAUCAGAGCAUGUGUUGUUAUAAUCUUACUAAAAAAAAACCAACAAAAAACCCAUCACAGACAAAAUGCCCUACAAGAUAUACUGUAAUGCCACCUUGGGUGCAUCUACACCCAAGAAAUAAUGCAGUUUGACACUACUUUAAGUGCUGUAGCUCUAUCCCAUGGAAUCCUGGGAUUUGAAGUUUUACAAAGUCUUUAUAUUUCACUGCCAAAGAGUGUUGGUGUCUCACCAAACUACACAUCCCACUUAAAGUGGUGUCAAACUACAUAAUUUGUGAAGUGUAGAUGCAUCUCUUAUCUCAAGGGCAAUCUUCUCUCACGUGACCCUGCUCAGAAUUGACUUUGGAACCCUUGCUGUGUCAUCAUGGGAGAAGAGAUGCACAGCUAUAAGAAACAAGACCUUUUUUUGGUAGUGUAAAAGAUUUACAUUCCCUGGAAUCUCCCCCCACCCCCCAGCUCUCUAUUUGAAUGUUUUAGAACUUUAUUGAAGAUCUGUUUUAAAAAUUCAAGGAAUUGUUAAAAAUUGAUUGAUUUUCUGUAUUAUAGACUUGGAUGCAGUUUUAGGAGAAAAGGCAGGAUAUAA